CGCAAAUGAAAGUGAAAGAUUAAAAUAGCAAGUAAAAUAACUGUAUAGUAUCAGAUCUGACCGGAGACCUGAGCUUUGCUUCGCUUCCUCAGUGAUGGUUUGUCUCCCGGCUGUGUCAGAGAUGUGAAUUUCACCUACUUUCUGGAUGCAAAGGGGUAACAUCUACCCAUUCCUUUAUUUAUUUGGAAGUAAUGCGGGUCACACACAGAGAAGCCAUCUGAGACCUGGAAAGCUGUCUGGAUUGAAAAUAAAACAAGAAGAAUGAGACACCAGUCAGGAUUCCUGCCCUGAGAGGAAGGUGAAGAAAGAAAGAAAGAACAUGCAGACACCAAACCUGUAGAUUUAUGACAUUCUUUUUGCUCCACUAAGGACAGAUAUUUUUCCCCUUACAGACAUGCAGCAUAAAGGCAUCAUGCUGAUUGUGUUCUUGGAGUACUUUAUUUCUGGUCUUGGUGAGGCAGAUCCAGUAAAGCUACGAACCUUCCGCUGCGACGGCCACUCCUGCAAUCCUCCUGUAGGGAAUCUAGCAACCGGCAGGACUCCAGUCUCUCUUACCACAUGUGGGCAGAACAGCACAGAACUUUAUUGCUUCUACCCAGACCAGCACCUCCUUCAUUGGGCCUCCCAAGGCUGUGGGCAGCCCCGAUGCACUAAAUGCAAUGCCAAUCAGCCUGAUAACUCCCACCUUCCCUCUGAUAUGACAGAUGAUUUCUUCCUAAAUCCUGGCUCCUGGUGGCAGUCUGCACAAGGGGUACACAGGGAAGAAAUCAGGCUGGACUUGGAAACAGCGUUCUACCUGACUCACGUCAUAGUAGUGUUCAAGUCGCCACGCCCAGCUGCUAUGGUACUGGAAAGGUCUCAGGACAAUGGCCAGACAUGGAGACCCUACAAAUAUUUUUCCGCCAACUGUACAGCAACGUUUGGGCUUCAAGAUGAUCUUAUUGAAGAGGGGUCUCUGUGCACUUCCAGGUAUUCAGAUGCAGUGCCUUGUACUAGAGGUGAGGUGAUCUAUCGUGCCUUAACUCCAACCAACAAGAUCGAAGACCCAUAUGGUCCUGAGGCCCAAGACCUCCUGAAACUCACCAACCUGCGCCUCCUUUUAUUAAAAAGGCAGGAGUGUCCCUGCCAAGGCUUGGGAUUGCUGGAGAAACCCCAGAGGUUUGCCCACUAUGCUAUCUAUGAUCUGAUUGUCCGGGGGAGUUGCUUCUGUAACGGUCAUGCAGAAGAAUGCCAGCUUGCCAAUGGGACAGGAAACACAGAGAACGUGGUCCAUGGGAAGUGUGUGUGCAGACACAACACAGCAGGGAACCACUGUGAAAGGUGUGAACCAUUAUACAACGACCAGCCUUGGAAGCCAGGAGAUGGAAAAACUGGGGCACCAAAUGAAUGCAGAAAGUGCCGUUGUCACAACCAUGCUGAUAGCUGCCACUUCAACCUGAGUGUUUGGCUGGCAUCGGGGAAACACAGCGGUGGAGUAUGUGACAACUGCAAACACAACACGGAGGGACAUCGAUGUCAAAGGUGUAAACCAGGAUUUUACAGAGAUAGGGGGAAACCUAUGUCUUCCCCAGAGGUCUGCAAACCUUGCUCCUGUCAGCCUAUGGGAUCGGCCAAUGCAACCUUCAGCAGAAGCUGGCGGUGCCACCCAAAGACGGGGUUCUGUUACUGCAAGCCAGGCGUGGCAGGCCCGAACUGUGACAGAUGCCUUAUGGGAUACUGGGGCCUUGGAGAGAAUGGCUGUCGUCCUUGUGACUGUGCCAGAGACUGCAACCCGCACACUGGAAACUGUUUCAAUGGUUAUGACAAUGAGCCAUUUUUCAACAUCCCCAUGGGUGGGCGAAUCCCUGACCUCCUACAAAUGCCAGCCAAUGAAAGCGAUGAGUGGAAAUGGAAUGAUCAGGAGCAGGGAUUUUCUGCAUUGAGACAUCCAGAAAAGUGUGUGUGCAAAGAGAAAGUGCUCGGAAGUGUCACUGAUUUCUGCCAGAUGAAAUACGCAUAUGUGAUAAAAGCAAGAAUCCUAUCGGCUCAUGACAAAGGAACCCAUGCGGAAGUUGUAGUGAAGGUAAAGAAAGUCCUGAAAUCAGGCAAAGUGAAAAUUGCUCGGAGUAACAGAAGUAUCUAUCCAGAGUCCUGGACCAACAGGGGAUGUACAUGUCCCAUUCUCAAUCCUGGAACAGAAUACCUGAUAGCAGGCCAGGAGGACUCAAGGACCAGCAAACUCCUUGUGAAUAUGAACAGUCUGGUGAAACCCUGGAAGGCGUAUUUGGGGAAACAAGUAGCAGACAUUCUUCGAACUGGGUGCAAAUAAUUUCUUCUUCAGAAGUUAAAGUCACGAACUUUAUACUUUAAUAACACUGUGGAGAAAGAUGUAGCUAGUUCAUAUAUUACCAUGCAACACGUUCCUAGCUAAGGGGACAAGAGUGGACUAAUCCUCCUGUCCCUCAUUAUGUGCUUAAACCAGGAAUCCUUGGACAUGACUUUUCUUCCAUAAAUACACCCUGUCUUAUAUGAAAUUAACCAACCCAUCACAUGUAGGUUACAAAUCACAGUUCUUAGCUUGCAGCCAUUUUCACAGCUCCCCGAAAUUCACUCUCAUGGGAGAAGCAGAAGCUAUGGUUUAUGUUUUUCCACUCUUCAGGAAUUAAUCUGCUAUUGAUACCUAUAAACCGCUUGCAUAGUGCAUUCAUUA